AUGGGCAGCAAGGAAGAUGUGGGGAAGGGAUGUCCGGCGGCCGGUGGCGUCUCCAGCUUCACCAUCCAGUCCAUCCUGGGCGGGGGCCCUUCCGAGGCACCGCGGGAACCCGCCGGGUGGCCAGCCAGGAAACGCAGCCUGUCUGUGUCCUCGGAGGAGGAGGAGCUGGACGAAGGCUGGAAAGCGCCGGCUUGUUUCUGCCCAGAUCCGCACGGCCCCAAGGAGCCAAGCCCUAAGCACCAUCCCCCCAUCCCUUUCCCUUGCCUGGGUACCCCCAAAGGCAGCGGAAGCGCAGGGCCUGCGGGCUCGGAGCGCACGCCUUUCCUUUCUCCUUCUCACUCGGACUUUAAAGAAGAGAAAGAGAGGCUCUUGCCGGCGGGCUCGCCCUCUCCGGGCCCGGAACGGCCUCGGGAUGGUGGUGCAGAACGGCAGGCAGGGGCGGCCAAGAAAAAGACGCGCACCGUCUUCUCCCGCAGCCAGGUGUAUCAGCUCGAGUCCACCUUCGACAUGAAACGCUACCUGAGCAGCUCGGAGCGCGCCUGCCUCGCCUCCAGCCUGCAGCUCACCGAGACUCAGGUUAAGACUUGGUUCCAGAACCGCCGCAACAAGUGGAAGCGGCAACUCUCGGCCGAACUGGAGGCGGCCAACAUGGCACACGCGUCGGCGCAGACUCUCGUGGGCAUGCCGCUGGUGUUUCGGGACAGUUCACUGCUGCGAGUGCCGGUGCCGCGCUCGCUUGCCUUCCCGGCGCCGCUCUACUACCCCAGCAGCAACCUCUCGGCCUUACCGCUCUACAAUCUGUACAACAAGCUUGAUUACUGA